AGAUUGGUUUUCGGUAUGGACAACAAGAAGGAAUAUCUCUCAAUAGAGUCUUUGAUGUAGUGGCAUAUUUGAAUUUGUUUUGAUUGCUGACAACAAACAUUGUUUGUUUGUGGUUACGGCGUGCAUGUUUCAUUGGGUGUAUUUAUGGCUCAACACGGUGCAUUACUCCAAACAUAUAAUCAGGAACUGGUGAAAUGCUUAGAAGAAUUGAAGAGAACUAGAGGGGAGCUCCAGUUACAAAUAGACAAGGCAGAAGAGGAAAAAUGUUUAAAAGAAAAAGAAAUAAAGAAGUUAUCUUCUGAUCUUUCACGAAUAAAUCAAGUGCUAGAUGACAAAAUAGCAAAGAGAAAUGCACUUGACAAAACAAUAAGUGAAACGGAAGGUGCAUAUGUUAAAAUAUUGGAGAGUUCCAAAGUAUUGCUGGACAUGAUCAGAAGAGAAACAAUGACAGUGAAACACUCAUUAACGAAGAAACCAGUAUCAAAAGACUUACCAGUAUCAAAUGAUGUUCAUUAGCAGUUGAACUGAAUGCACAGAAAUCUAAUAGCUGCAAUGUUCUAUCUUUGUUAUACUGACUGUUUUGAGAAUUUCUGCCACUAUUUUUAUUUAUUACAAAUUUAAAGAAGAAAAAUGAUUAUGUAUCUACCUUUAAUUGAAUCAAUUACUAUAUUUUAGAUGUGCUUCUUUUCUGCACAAAAACUAUCAUCCAUUUUUUUGCAAUAAAGUUAUUCUAGACAG